GGCGGCGUCAGAGGAGGAGCUCUUUUGUAGCGACACACUCGCGCACUCGGCGGCGCCGCCGUCUUUGCCGUUGCCGCCUUCCCCCGUCGAAUUCGCUUCACGCCCGGAGCUAGAGCUAGCUCCGGCGAGCCAGCGGUGGCGGUGCGAGAUGAGCGCCGCCGUGUUGGGAGGAGCAGCCGCAGCCGCCGCGGCGCCAUUCCUUGAUCGUUCGUUCCCGCCGCGUCGCGACGUCGACGGCGUUCCCGGCCGCCACCCCGGGAUCGCGCGGCGGCGCCCCCCGCCGCUUCUGCUCGCCUCCGCCUCCGCCGCCGCCGCACGACGCCGUCCCGUCCGACAUGCGUCGCCGCGUUCGCUGGCUCCCUCCCCACCUGCGGCACCGGCCGGCCUGCAGCCGCAGCGCUGCCACGUGGCCGGCACGACGCGAGCCUACAAAGCAACCGGAUUGCACAGCCUGCUAAACAAUGAAGCCAAUCACCAUGAUUUCGAUUCUAAGAGAUCAGUUUCUCCAUUUUCAACGGCUGGAUUUUUCAGCAAGAUGUUGUUUUGGUGGAUGAAUCCCUUGAUUAAGAAGGGUUAUGAGAAGCCUCUUGAAGAGACAGACAUACCUGCUUUGGGUAUUGAGGAUGAAGCAGGCACACAAUACUCAAUGUUCAUGAACAAAAUCGAUGCCAGUAAAUCAUCUCUUUUCUGGAUAAUUGUUUCGUGCUACAAGAGGGAGAUUCUUGUUUCUGGGUUCUUUGCAUUGCUCAAGGUGCUUACUCUGUCUGCUGGUCCAUUAUUCCUGAAGGAGUUCAUCAAUGUGUCUUCAGGAAAAGAAGCUUUCAAGCAUGAAGGCUUUGUCAUAGUUCUUGGACUUCUUUUCUCCAAAUGCCUAGAAUCACUAGCCCAGAGACAGUGGUAUUUUCGCACGCGAAGAGUGGGUGUUCAAGUGAGAUCACUCUUGUCAGCUGCGAUUUAUCGAAAGCAACAGAAAUUGUCAUGCUCUGCCAGCACAGAGCAUUCUUCUGGGGAGAUAAUGAACUAUCUCAUGGUGGACACCUACAGGAUUGGGGAAUUCCCUUUCUGGUUCCAUCGUACAUGGACUACAGGACUCCAGCUUUGUAUUGCCUUGAUGGUACUGUAUAAUGCUGUCGGUCCUGCAACAGUAGCAUCUGUUUUUGUUAUAGUGCUGACUGUGAUGUUGAAUGCCCCUCUAGCCAAGCAAUUGCAAAACAUCCAAAGUAAACUCAUGGAAGCUCAAGAUAUGAGGUUGAAAACUAUGUCCGAGUCACUCACAAACAUGAAGGUCUUGAAGCUUUAUGCAUGGGAGAACCAUUUCAAGGGUGUUAUAGAACAAUUGAGGGAGUUGGAGCUAAAGUGGUUGUCAGCAUUCCAGCUGGGAAAAGCGUAUACUAGUGUUCUUUUCUGGGCAUCACCUGCACUUGUUUCAGCUGCAACAUUUCUAGCAUGCUACUUUCUAGGAGUCCCACUUGAUCCCAGCAACGUGUUCACCUUUGUAGCUGCACUGCGUCUCGUGCAGGAUCCUAUCAAUCAUAUUCCAAAUGUCAUCGGGUCUGUAAUCCAAGCAAGGGCUGCCUUCAAUCGGUUAAACGAAUUUCUUGGUGCAUCUGAGCUACAAAAGGAUCAAGUUUCGAUGGAGUAUUCUGCACAUAGCCAGUAUCCUAUAGCAAUCAAAUCUGGCUGUUUCUCAUGGGAUAGCUCUGAAAAUUAUAAUCUGAGGAAUAUUAAUUUGAUGGUGAAAUCAGGGACAAAGGUAGCAAUCUGUGGUGAGGUUGGUUCUGGAAAAUCGUCUCUUUUGGCAGCUAUUCUGGGAGAAGUCCCAAGGACAGAUGGAGUGAUUCAAGUUUCUGGUAAAAUAGCAUAUGUUUCUCAGAAUGCAUGGAUCCAAACAGGAUCUGUGAAGGACAAUAUACUUUUUGGUUCUACCAUGGACAAGCCAAGAUAUGAAGAGACUCUUAAGUUUUGUUCACUGGUGCAUGACCUUGAAAUUUUGCCCUUUGGUGACCUUACUCAAAUCGGGGAAAGAGGAGCAAAUCUUAGUGGAGGGCAGAAGCAACGCAUUCAAUUAGCUCGUGCAUUGUAUCACGAUGCGGAUAUUUAUCUUUUAGAUGACCCUUUCAGCUCUGUCGAUGCACAUACAGCUACAAGUCUUUUUAAUGAAUAUGUGAUGGGAGCUUUGUCGGAAAAGACGGUUCUGCUAGUAACACAUCAAGUGGAGUUCUUGCAUGCAUUUGAUUCUGUUCUAUUAAUGUCCCAAGGACAGAUUAUGCAUGCUGCUUCUUACCAAGAGCUCCUAUUAUCUUCCAGAGAAUUCCAGAACCUUGUGAAUGCACAUAAAGAUAUUGUCAACUUUCCAAACGAUAACAUGGUGGACUACAAUGGAGAUAAGAGCCCCUUCAAAAGGGAGACUGCUGUUGUUCUUGAUGGGGGGAAAGAAUCCAUCAAGAAUGCAGAAUUUGAUCAACUAAUUAGGAGAGAAGAGAGGGAAAUUGGUGGCACUGGUCUGAAGCCUUAUUUGAUGUAUUUGGGCCAGAAUAAGGGCUACAUAUAUGCUACUCUUGUAGCUAUAGCUAACAUUGCAUUCACAUCUGGACAAUUAGCACAGAACUCAUGGCUUGCAGCCAAUAUUCAAAAUCCCGGUGUAAGCACAUUUAAUCUGGUUCAGGUGUAUACGGCCAUUGGAAUUGGUUCAAUCAUGUUCUUACUAUUUAGAGCUCUGUUGGCAGUUGAUCUAGGUCUUCAGACAUCAAGGUCUUUAUUUUCCCAACUACUUACUGCCCUAUUUCGUGCACCAAUGUCUUUCUUUCAUUCCACUCCAAUUGGAAGGAUACUUAGCCGUGUAUCUUCUGACUUAAAUGUAAUCGAUCUUGAUGUCCCGUUUACUUUAUCUUUCAGUAUUAGUGCCACACUUAAUGCUUAUAUCAAUUUGGGUGUUUUAUGUUUCUUUACCUGGCCAAUUUUGUUUAUUGCUGCACCCAUAAUCAUUAUGGCCGUCAGAUUGCAGAGAUACUAUUCAGCCUCUUCAAAAGAAUUGAUGCGGAUCAAUGGCACUACAAAAUCUCUUGUUGCCAAUCACCUUGCAGAAUCAAUUUCAGGAGCAGUUACAGUAAGAGCCUUUAAGCAAGAAGGUCGUUUUUUUGCUAGAUUUUUGGAGCUUAUUGACAAUAAUGCAAGCCCAUCAUUUCAUUGUUUCGCUGCAACUGAAUGGUUGACUCAACGUUUGGAGAUAAUGGCUACUACUAUUCUUUCAUCAUCUGCUUUCGUCAUCACUCUUCUUCCCCAGGGAACAUUAAGUCCCGGUGUUGCAGGGAUGGUGCUUUCUUAUGGUCUUUCACUAAACAUGUUAUUCCUUUUCUCCAUUCAAAAUCAGUGUUCCCUUGCAAACCAAAUAAUUUCUGUUGAAAGGAUAAGCCAAUACAUGGAUAUUGUGAGUGAGGCACCAGAUAUUGUGGAAGACAAUCAACUUCCGGUUGAUUGGCCCUCGAUUGGUAGCAUAGUACUUGAAGAUUUGGAGGUUAAAUAUACUCAAGAUGCUUCUCCAGUACUGAAAGGAAUUUCUUGCACAUUUCAAGGCGGGGAUAAAAUUGGGAUAGUUGGUCGAACAGGAAGUGGAAAGACAACUUUGAUAAAUGCAAUUUUCCGGCUUGUCGAGCCUUCUGGAGGAAAGAUAACCAUUGAUGGUCAAGACAUUACAACAAUGGGCUUACAUGACUUACGAUCUCGAAUUGGUCUUAUUCCUCAAGAUCCUAUACUUUUCAAUGGUUCCAUAAGAUACAAUUUGGAUCCUCAUGGGCAUUUCUCGGACAAACAAAUCUGGGAAGUUCUAGGAAAAUGUCAACUUGAUGAAGUAAUUAAUGAGAAGAAAGGGUUGGAUUCACUUGUUGUGGAAGGAGGAUCAAACUGGAGCAUGGGCCAAAGGCAGCUACUUUGCUUGGGCCGUGCCCUCCUGCGACGAAGCCGCAUCUUGAUCCUUGACGAGGCUACAGCAUCAAUGGACAAUGCAACUGAUGCUGUCAUUCAGAAAACCGUCAGGACAGAAUUAAAAGACAGCACAAUCAUCACAAUCGCGCAUCGGAUUCCAACAGUGAUGGACUGCACCAGGGUACUUGUUGUCAAUGAUGGGGAAAUGGUCGAGUAUGAAGAGCCCCAGAAACUGAUGCAGACUGAAGGAUCCUUUUUCAAGGAACUCCUCAAUGAAUACAGGCUGCAGAUAUCAAGAGCAGGCUUGCAGAUUUCCUCCUGAAGAAAUGUCAUGAAUGGGAUCCUCUUGCUCCAGUGCAGCCAUGCAGGGAGGGGAUUGGAUCAGUGGUGACCGGCGGCGUUGUUUACCUCUUGAACACCGGAGCUCUGUUGCGGUGGUUAGUGCACUGGAAGGAAGAACGCAGCCGGCGUUCAUGGCAGUGACGCCUUGGUGGCCGCUUCCCCAAAAUUCGACUGUUAUUUGAGGGGGGGGGGGGGCGUGUAUGCUUCCAACUUUCCAAAUUUUGAAUUUGUUCAAGAGAAAAAGGUCGAUUGUCUUGAGUUCCCAAUUAUGUGGUAUAUUGAUUGAAUUUUGCAAAUUUCAAGCAUCCCCGGCCAGUUUGAAAUGAGGUCGCGAGGUGCAGUUCAAAUGGUCUGUUUGAGAUA